AUGUCUCAGCAAAAUAUUCAAAAUUGUUCUAUUUGCUUAAAAGAAAUUACAAAAAUUAGAAAUAUUUCAGAUGAUCUUAAAUUUAAAAUUAAUAAUUGUUCUGAUAAAGAUUAUUAUAGUCAUCUUACUUAUGAAAAUGAUAAAUUAUGUUCUGAUUGUUAUAUGAAAAUUGUGGAUUCUUAUCGGCGUCAAGUAUCUACAAUUAAUAGAAAUAGCAAAAAUUUAAUGGAAACUAGUAGACCUACUACACCUGCAAAUUUAACAGAAAGCACUAUAGAUUUAAUGGAAAUUAAUAAUUUAAUUGAUAUUAGUAAUACUAAUAUUUCAACAAAUUUAAUAGAAAUUAAUGAAUCUAAAACUAAUAAUUUAAUAGAAUUAAUUGAGAUUCAAAAAAAAGAAUUAAUUAAAUCUACUGAAGAUUUAAAUGAAAUUAAUCAACAAUUUAAUAAUAUUGAAAUUAAUAUUACUAAUAAUAUGGUUUUAAUUGAUAAUGAAAAUUUUAAUCAAUUAAUUAAAUUUAUUAUUCAAAAAGAUUUAAAAAUUAAAACUUUAACUGAUCAAAAUAAUAGUAAUUUAACAACUAUUACUACAAAUAAUUCUG